AACUACAACUACAAUUUAGCAGUUGUUAUUACAAGCAAAAAUAAGCAGCCAAAAGCGUAUUGGUACCUUUGUUUUAUAACUUGAAGCUGGUGUCUCCUUAGAAAUUAGUUGUUCAGUGUGUUUCUCAAGAUGAAAAGGGUAAUAAUCAUUUGUCUCUUGGUGAUUGUUCAAAGUUUAGUUUCCUGUCAAGUUCAAGAUGCAACGGAAUCUUUUGAUCCUCUACCAACAUCAACACAUGAUCCAUAUGCAAAUGUCCUCUCUCAGCUAAGUGAUGCGAUAGUUGAUGUGGAAGACAGACUCUACAGGCUUACUGCUCCUAAGUAUGAAUCUGAAAACCCAAAAAUGAUCCCAAAUCAGGAGAAAGAUAAUCGCAGAAGAAACUAUUUUGAUCGCAUCAGAGAUAAUUACAAAACUCUACAGGAUCAAGUUAGCCAAUCUUUGAGUUCCGGUGGAAUGAUCAAGAUGUCUGACAUUCUAAACUUGAAUUUCCAUAACACGGGGCAACGGUCAUCACUCGAUCUAUCUUUGCCUUUUUUGCCUUUAAAUAUAAAAGUGGAUGCAAAGAAACCUCCAACAAAAAAAAUCGAUAAAAAGUCUGAUAAAGAUGGUCUAAAGCCUCAUUCUCCAUUAGCAGAUGUCAGUGGAAAUAUUAAUUUAGGAAUCAAAGGUAUUUUCGAUGAGGAAACUUCUAAAUACCCUGAAAAGAACGAGAAGAGAGUAAAGCCAGAAUUGCAGAAACGAUCUAGUAGACCCAUCAGAACAGCGAUGACUUCGAAUAAAAAGAUUAGCAAUAAAGGCAAAAUCUCGCCAAAAGUAGUUAGUGAAUCUUCAAAGAGGAACAGCGAACCACACCAGGACAGGGAAGAUGAAACUGGUAUUCAAGGCAGGAUUCUUGGAGAUGUUUUAUUUUCUGAAUCUACCUUCGAUAAGUAUUUCAGGCGACUACUGAAGGACCAUGGCAAAUGGUUACUAGAUUCCAACAUUUCGCCGCCAAAGAAAAUAAUCGAAGGUAUUAGAGGUAUUACGCGGGAUCAAUUUGCAAGCGGGACAUCUUCAAAGAGUGCCUCUCGAGACGAAAUAUCCUAUAAUCAAGACAAAGAAUCCAAUCUCCAUUCUCAUAAACAUUCUGGAUCCUGGAGACAAGACGCAGAGACAAAAAUAGUGUUGGCUUUUACUCCUGAUGGCUUGCCUUUAAAGCUAAAAAUUGAUCCUAGUGUCAACAAGCCUUUAAAGUUCCUGCACAGAAUUCUAUCAGAAGGAGGAGUAUCUUUAAACAUUCCGGUUAGUACCACGAAUGGAAUUCACUCUGUUGGAAGCGGUGUAUUACACUUAGGCUUUGAGGAUAGUGGAAUACAUUCUCGCACGCCUUUGUUGGACUUGUCCGAUAGUAACCAGCUAAACUAUCUCUUGAGGACAUUAAGGAAAUUAAAAUAUGAACAUCAUUAGACACUUCAAAUUAAAGUUUUGCUACUAAAAUGUUAUUCUAUACUAUUAUGAACUUUAUUUGCGUUCUUUUUAUUUUAAAAUAAAAUAUUUAAACACUGUA